AUGCAUGUGAGUCCCCCGCCAUUCUGCCUUUGUUUGAUAGCCACAACUGUGCUAUUCUGUCCCCUGCGUGUACCUCCUUCCUUUGGACCGCAAACUUGCCGCGCUACCUCUGCCGCUGUUCCGAAACAGCUACUGGGCAAGAACCUGGUGGUGUGGCGGAACAAGGAGGGUCGCUGGUCGUGCUUCGAUGACCGCUGCCCUCACAGAGCGGCGCCACUCACCGAGGGGAGGAUAGAGGACGACGGCUCUCUCCUACGCCCUGAACCCCCCAAACCCCUUGGUCUGGCCUCCUGGCCGCCAAUCGUCUGUCCCCGCGCCUCUCCGGACGAAUCUAGCUGUGCGUACCACGCGUGGCGUUUCGACGCCGACGGCAAGUGCCUGAGCAUCCCUCAGAGCGAUAGGGGAGGCAAGGACGAGGCUAACCCCAAGGCGUGCGCCAAGGUCUACCCCACACAGGUCGCCCAAGACAUUAUCUGGGUGUGGGCCGAGAACGGGCCGGACGCGGGCUUAGAGAGCGCGCUCACCCCGCCCCACCUUCUUCCCGAGCUGGAUGAUGAAGAGGGGUUAGCGUCUGGCAGGGUUGUCCCGCAGGGGGUCCAGCACACUGACCUGGCCUACGGAUGGGACACCAUGAUCGAGAACCUCGUGGUGAGCCGCCCAGAUACGCAAGAGUAG